CGUAGUGAUAAAUGCAAAUUCUGUCACUUCUUUACUGAAUUUUGUUAAUUUAGCAUAUCUGCUAAGAGUGUAUAAAGUUCAUUUCUCUUUGAAAUAAUUUAUCUAUAUACAGAAAAACGCAAUAUAAAAUAAUAUUUGCAGUAAAUUAUAAACGGAUGGUCAGUGAAAUUUAUAAAUUAUAUAUAAAUAGCGGACAGAAAAGAAUUGAAGGAGUAUAAAAGAUGCCUAUGGAAUAAAAGCAAAAGUAGUUUUGCGGACAGAAGAAAGCAAGAAAACAACAUAAAUUAUUGAACGAAAGGUGGAAGGAAAGAUUUUGGGUGCUUAGUGUGUCUGUUUCUUGUUGCGUAGUGAAUCAGCUAGAAAAUUUUGCCUUUGUGCUGACUUUUAGGCUUAUUGAUCUAUACAACCACCAGCGAGAACCACCCUGUGUGCGUGCAUAUAUAUUAAAAAAAAAAAAUACAAAUGUAUAAGAAGAAUAGGUAAUCGCUGAAAACGGGAAACAUGGUUCGGUUUUGCUUGACUUUUGUAUGAAGUAAGCAGAUUCAGAUUCAAUAGCAGCAAAUGAAGAAGAAUAUUGCAAGCAAGCAGGCAAAAGAAUUUAGAAUAUAUUCAUCACCAAAUUAUAAAUCUCAGGUGCUGAGAUUGACAAUUGAUGGUAACAGCAGCACUUAGAAACAAUACUAUUCAGUGUAUAAGAACUUUGUGAAAAAAGACCAAUGACUAAAAUUGUGUAAUUGGAGUGUAUUUUAUUUUAAAAACUAUUACUUUUAUAUAAAACUACCAUUUGCGUGGUAAUUAAUUGUUUUGCAUACUGCCGCUAUAAUAAAAUUAAGUUUGUAGGAUAGACAAAAAAAUAAAACACAGCUAAACCAAAGGUACACUCAAUAAAACCUACGCAUAUAGAAGAUAAAGUAGAAAAAAUGCAACAAGAUUGUAGUGAAGAAAGUUGGCUGGAAGAGCAAUGUCAUCGGGAGAUCAACGCCCAACACGACGAGCACGAACGCGACUAUGCAAGGCAUCGUGAUAGUGCCUUAAGUAAUGUAUGGGGUGCAUUUCAGGAUUCGGCCACUGCAGUAGCACAUCUUUACAGAGAACGCUCGUCAAAUACGUAUCCUGAUACUGGCGCAUUAUGGCUUCCAUUCCAAACAGCUGCGGGUACGGUAACAACGCUUUAUAAAGAAGCAUGCGAUGGCGUUAAGCGUACCAGUGACUCAGCUGUGCAAUGCGGUUAUCAACGGCGUACACGGGAAUUGGCUGACUGGGCAAGGAGUAAAAAACGUCGUAUGAUACGUCGGGAGGAUCUUUUAGCCUAUCUGGCUGGCAAGCCGCUAACAAAUACAAAUCGUCGUUCACCAAAGCCAGAACAUUCGCACAAUCACUCAAGCCCCAGUGCUGUGUUCAAUAACAACGCUUCGCACCAUGCCACACCGCCUCAUGUUUGCAGUUCACACCAUCAUCACGCUCAGCAUCAACAUCAUCAAGCUAGUGGUGGAGCUGCUGCUAAUGAGCCAAACAAUGACUUGCACACAUUUAAGGAAGCUCUUGUCUUACGGCCACGUGGCCCCGAACUAUUUGCAUUUGUUGCCAACGAAAUCGCCCGUCACUGUAAACGUCCAGCCAGUCCCAUCGACGAUAAAAUGGACAUCUGCCAUUACAGCAGUAAACGUCAGCGUUUCAUGUAGAAUUUUUUUUUUUCAUUUAACUUAACUUACAAAGAUACAUAGUUUUAAAGCAAUUUACGCAUUAAAUAACCAUUGAAAUGGCAGUCAUAAAGGAUAUAUAAAAGCAAAAAAAAAAAUUGAAAAUUAAAAAUUAAACGAUAAUUUAGAACAUCUCAAGGAACUAUAGAAACCUAUUAAAUUCACAAUAUUGAAAAUAUAUUUGGUGCUUCUUGGCGGCAAUAUUGGCAAAUAAUGAAAUUAAAAUAUGAAACAAAAUAAAAAAUAAUAUCUAAAUGCGCGAUAUGCUCGUUUAUAUGCUGAACGUUACUUUGACACAAUAUAUCCUCUUAACUAAAAAAAAGAAAAACAUAUGCGCUUGUCCAAGUAUUUUACUUUUUUAUUGUAAAUUUGUUUAUAUCGCUAUACUCCUUUAAAAAAUUUUUUAAAAUUUUUUUGUACACUUACGACACUUUAGAAUGUUUUUCAAUACCCAAAAAAAAAAACAUUUUUUUGAAUUGCAUAUAAUUUAUGAGUAUUAUUGGUACAAUAUUUUACAUUUAUUGUGUUGGAAAAAUCGAAGUGAUACGCGCAUCAAAAUUUGAAUUUUAUUGAAAAAGAUACACACAUAUAAUUUGCUGCUUAUAAUUAUUCACAAACAAUUAUUCGAUCACAAAGUAAAGUGAUUUGUUUUAAGCAUAGUCACUAAAAUACGCUAUUUCAAUAACAAUCAUAUUCAUCUGAAGUAAAUGGCUUAUCUAAUCAUUUAUGUAAGCUUAGAUAUUUUAUUGAAGUUUAUGUACGAGUACAUGGAAAAUUGAAAAGUUAAGAAAGUAAAAUGUGAUGUAAAUUAUGCACACAAGUAUUUAGAAUUUAGUUUGAGGUUUGUUAAAAAAUUGUCUACUAUUUAGUUAUAUAUAUGUACUUGUACUAAGUGCUAUUAUUUAAGCGUUGGGAUAUUUAUAUCAACAAAAAAAAAGGAAAAAGAAGAAAGUCCUCGUAUUCAUAUGCUAUUGAAAUAUGUACGUUGUAAGCGUAUAUAAUUGUAUAAUUUAAAUGAUAUGCGUACAUACAUAGGAAUGCAUGCGCGAUGUAUAAGCAUAAAAUAACAACUUUGUGAAGAGAAAUAAUACAUCUAAUGGAAACUAAUAA